AUGUACUUAUUCUUUGCUUACCACGGAGUUAUUCGAGAAGCGUUCAUCACCGAAGGCACAACGAGCAACGGAUCUCCCGACAACCUGAAGAAGAUGUGCGGUGCAGAAGGCGGGGUUCCGCUCAUCAUCAACACCAAGCAACUGCUUCGAGAAGCUAGGCAGCUCGUCUCUGACCAUGGAACAUAUCAAUGUUUGGGAUUACGGAUGGCCUGGCUGAGCGCCUAUCAAACUCACCACAACGGCACCUUUUACUGGCCCGACAACUCCCCUGUGAUUGGCUGCGUCUUCACUGCAGGCGACUUCCACUUGGCAGCUAUCGGUGAGACGGUCGCAUCUACGCUCCGUGCCGAUGGAAAAAUUGACAAGUCACAAGUAGAGCCACUCUUAACCAACCUGCCAGUGCUGUGCGGAAGGAUUUUUUGACAAAUAACUUAAGUAAAUAUUCAUUGU